UCCCACCGUGGGCUCCGCUGCCCGAGCGGUCGUUGUCCGAGGCAGGAGGGAAAACAGACCAGCGCACCAGGGGUGGAGGUGGGGCCAGGCCCUUAAACAGACUGAAGGACCGGAGGGCGGAAGCGGACGCGGCCGAAGUUGAGUCUCUGAACUGUCCCAGCAUGGCUCCCGCCCCCCACCCCCCCCACGGCCACGUUCCACCCCUGCACUGGCUGGUGAUCUGGCUUAGGGCCCUCUCGGGCAGGGCAGGGGGGCGAGUUUCCAGAGAGCCUGAGAUGGGGGACGAGUCCUGGGGACAGCUGUUGCAUGCAGCGCAGGGCCGCCUCUGGGCUCCGCCCUACGUGGCUGAGGCCGCACUGGGAGCCCUCGAGCGACCCAGAAGCACAAAUUGGUGGUUUGGGGCCACGCCCAGUGGGGCUGGCCUCCACGAAGCGGAGGAGCUGGCCGUGGGGCGGCACCGUAGCCUUGGCCCCACUACUGGCCCGAAGUCCCCCUCUUCCUGCCCUGACAAGCCCUUCGCUGCCUGCCCUCUGGUCUCCGCUGAGGGCCGGUCCCUGAUCACACUCCGCAGCACAGCCCCUCUACUGGGAGCCCGGUUCUUAGAGCACAGCCUCGUCCCCCCCCCCCCCCCAGCCCCCAGUUUUUCCCUGGUACACCCUCCCCCCACCUCCAGCUCCCCUGUGACCUGGGGUUCCUUCUCAGGGCCCUACCUUAAGCCCACAUCCCCUGGUCUCGGCCCCUGUCCCUCACGAAGUCCACAUCUGCCUCUGCCAGCCACGCGCACACACCCCGGGCUUGGCCCUCCCACUGCCCCCACCCCCGACUUCUCUGCUCUUCACCUUCCUGAUGACCCACGGGGCCCCGGGCCACGGGGCAUCCGAGGGACCUCGGCCUUGGCCACAGCCUCUUGGACGAUGCACCUGCUCGGCCAUGGAGGCGCCUGCCUCUCCCAUCAGUGGGGCCUGGCCCAGGAGACACCGUCCCUCCUCCAGGGAGGAGAGAGAAGUCCCUUCCCUUCCAAGUGGGGUUUCCACCCCCUCUGAGGGGCCGGUGGGGGGAGGGGGGCGAGGAGGCAGAGAAGAUGCAGAUAAAAUAAAAGGUAUGAAAUGGAA